UGUACUGAGUUAAUGCUGUGACAUUAUGAUAGAGUGGGAGUUAUGGUUUUUGGAAGUGGUGUUAAUGAGUUGUUUCUCAAGUGCAGUAAUUUGCCUUUUUGUGCAACGAUGAAUCAGUUAAUUUUUUUUUGUUUUUGUGGUUAUUUAAGUAAACAAUAAUUGAUGCGAAUAACUAAAGUUAUCACUGCACGAUAUAUAAACUGUCAUAUCUAGUUUCUGUUAUUGAUUGUCGCUAAGUCACAGAAUAGGACAUAAUAUAGAAGAUGAACUGUACACGAACAGCGUCAGCGUAUGUUUUUUCAGUGUCACUGUGAUAUUUAUGAAACGAAAAACUCUUUCCUUUGGAACACACCCACGAAGGUGAAGGGCUUGCUAUCUAUCCAGUUCACGGUUAGCUGCAUUUCUGGUGCAAUAAAUUACUUGAUACAGGUUCCAAAGAAAGAAAUCCAAGAAAAUGGCUGCUUCAAAAUCCUUAGAUGACUUUAAUAAACUGUUAGAUACCUCAGAUACAAAAGUAAAACUAACUGUUACAAAUAACUUACUAGCCUACUUAUCAAACCCAGAAAACAGUUUAGAAUGUGAAGACAUCGGCCUUUUCAUGGAUGCAAUGGUACCCUGGAUGCAGUCAAGCAAUAGUAAGGUGUCACAGAACUCAAUUGAUGUUUUGACAAACUUUGCUGAUCGAAUGGGUACAGAUUUCAAACCGUAUUUGCAUAUGGUAAUAUCUCCUGUGGUUGACAGACUAGGCGACAAUAAAGAAGUCGUGAGGGAGAAAGCUCAGCUUUUCCUUCUGAAACUUUUGGAGAGAGAAAUUGCAUCACCAUAUUACUUGUUUGAGAAGUUGACAUUAGCAUUUACUCACAAAAAUGCUAAAAUCCGAGAAGAAGUGUUAAUCUGUUAUCAGUCCGCACUGAGGGAGCAUGGACCUUCAAACCUUGGCUUGUCAAAACAUGUUCCAAGCAUUUUGAAACUUCUGCAUGAUCCACUUCCAUCUGUGAGAGAUGCAGCUUUUAAUGCAUUGACUGAAAUAUAUCGACAUGUAGGGGAAAAAUUUCGACAAGAUAUCCAACGUCGCUGCAGUGCCAAAGAUACUAAGAUUGCAGUCCUUUUUUCGAAGUUUGACGAAAUAAAAAAUGAAGGUGGAUUGCUUGCCUCAGCGUGUGGAGCAGAAGAUUCUGCAAGGUCCUUUGAUGAACCUGAUGGAGAUGCUGGUGCUAUCCCGAAAUCUGGAAGACAACGAUCUGCAAGUUUUUCGAGGAAGAACUCUGGAGUAGGCAAAGCAACUUCACCAGCAUCAGCGGGAGCAGUGGAUGAGGAGCAUUUUGUGAAAGUUUUUGAGGAAGUUCAACCAGCCACAAUUUUCACUGCGCGAGAAUUGGAAGAAGAGCUGACCAAAAUAACUGACAUAAUUAAUGAUCCAAACAAUGAUUGGCCAAAACGCGUUGAGGCGUUGAAGAAACUACGAUCUGUUGUAAUGGCUGGAGCUGCUAAGCAUGAGGAAUUUUUCAAACACUUACGUUUAAUGGAGACACCAUUUUUAGGAGUUUUGAAAGAUCUGAGGUCACAGGUUGUGAGAGAAGCAUGCUGCACAAUAGCUUUUAUGUCUCAACACCUAGGCUCGAAGUUUGACCACUUUGCAGAAAUUAUUCUUGGCAAUCUAAUUAAUCUGAUUCCAAAUUCAGCCAAGGUAAUAGCAACUGCUGGCUUAGUAACAGUACGCUUUCUCAUAAGGUACACUCACUCAAACAGACUGAUACCAGCGAUAAUAUCAAAUAUGGAAUCAAAAUCGAGGGAAAUCCGACGAGCAUGUUGUGAGUUUCUUGAAUUAAUUCUUCGUCUUUGGCCCGCUCACACACUUGAAAAACAGGUUGCAAACCUGCAACAAGCUCUGAGGAAAGGAAUGUAUGAUGCAGACAGUGAAGCUCGGCAGUGUUCCCGUAGGGCUUUCUGGCAUUUCCGGCUCCAUUUUCAUGAAAAUGCUGAGCAGAUAUUAAACUCACUGGAUAGUACACAUAAGAAAGCUCUUAAUCUUGAAAUGGGAAUGUCAAAUUCAAACAAUAUAGCAGACCAGCAAGGAGGAAGAGGAGGUAGGCUGGCAGCUGGAAGUGACUUUCCAAGAGGUCGAACUGUUGCAGAUGGAUCACCACGUCGAGGUUCAGCUCCUGGCCCAUCAGCACUCCGGUCUAAUAGUGCUAUUGAUCUGCAGGCAGCCCAACGUGCCAAGGCAAGAGCACAGUAUGCUGCUUUAGCUCGACAUAAAGUAGGAUCUGGGGCGUCUCUUCCUCGGCCAGGAAAGAAAGCUGCAGACUCAUCUGGCAUGUCCACAAGUGUUAUAACAUCUCCAGAAAGAUUGGGCAGAACAAGGAGUCGGAUGUCAAAUGUAUCUCAGUCCCAACCUACAAGCCGCUCAGGGUCUCCGUCUUCCAGACUAAGUUAUGCUACCUUUUCAACUACAAACAGAGAAACAGGACAUGAUGGCAGACAACGUAGACCAUCCGGCAUCCCUCUCUCGACAGGACCUAGUCGUGAAGCUAGCAGAGAGACUUCGCCAAGUCGUUACUCUUUAAAUCUACUUGAUCGCUCAUUUGGCUCAAAAUUGAGAGGGAGGUCUGGACAUAUUGGCAAUGUGAGUGAUCGCCAAGGACAGUCCCGACCAGUGAUGGCCCAAAAAAUAUUACAACAGAGUCGGGAAGCUGAGUCUGCACUAGCUGAUGCCUUGACAUUCGACUCAGUUGACGGAAAUGAAGUUGGCAGCCAAGUACCACUCAGCCGCAAGGCAUACAGAUCGUUUGAUGAUCAUUCAGAUGACAGUGAGACAUCCAGUGUGUGUUCAGAGCGAUCUCUUGAUUGCUACAGGAGGUCUGGUGAUAACAUAUCGGACAUCAUAAACAACUGUGCCAGCACACACUGGAAUGAGCGUAAGGAUGGGCUGGUCUCAUUGCAAGCAUAUUUCCAAAAUGAAAACAGACUAAGACGCGUUAAUUUGGAUGGCCAAGAUUCAGAUCAAUAUUACAAGAAUAUGCCAUCGGCAGCUCUAGUAGAAGAAAACUGUCAAAUUGUGCAGAAUGUGAUUGACACUUUAAAAGUUGAUGAUGAAGGAAAUGCAAAAGUAUCUGAGCAAGACAGUAAGAAAGCACUUUCUCAGUUAAAACACCUAAUAAAAUCUGGAGCUGUUGUGAGGAUAGUUUUUAGUUCCUCAUUUCUUUCAACUUGCUCACUUCCCAAAAAAGAUCAUAAAGGUGUGUCAACACUAAAAUCUGUGUGCAUAGCUGAUGAAGUAGUGUUGCCUAUUGUCAACGAGAUAGCAGCUGGCGAAUACAUUAUUGGAUCACCAACAGUGUGGAGGCUCAAGUGCUAUGAGGUUCUAUUAAGGGUUCUAGUAUCACAGUUGGCACUACCUCACUCUCCAGUGAAGACGUACAUUUUAAAUGUGCUACACGAUAUGAUCAAAGACCCAACUGUGAGACAUUGUUUUAAUAUGUACGUAGAGUUAAUCGUGCUGCGAACGCUAACAGCUUACAGUGACCCGUGUAAAGAGGUGUCGAAAGCAGCUGAGCACUGCAUUUCAGCUAUUGGAAAAUCACUGCCUCCUGAACAACUCAUUAAUGUAGUUUGUCCAUUGAUAAAAACAGGAGAUCUUCCAAUGAAUUUGGGAGCUAUAAAAAUAUUAACUUGUGUCAUUGAACACACUACGCAAGAUAUUUUAGAACCACAUCUGAAAGAAAUAAUGGAAAGUCUCGUCAAAGCAUAUGAUAACGAAGAAAGUUCUGUGAGGAAAUCUGCUGUAUUUUGUAUGGUUGAAUUACACGGUAUUGUUGGAGAGGCAGUUUUGCAACCGCAUUUAGCUAGCUUAAACAAUGGUAAGCUGAAACUUCUUCACCUGUAUAUCAAACGAUCGCACCAUGGUGGUUCGAGUGGCAUCACUUCACCAAAAACCACAACGUCGUGAAACUUUUAAUACUCGUUAAUUUUGGCUUUAAUGUAUUCUAUCAUUCCAGUGCUUGUCAAUUUUUUUAACGAAACAGAGUUUUCCAGUUAUUAAAGCCCAAAAAUAAACAGUA